UUCUCACCGCAGAAUUUAAAGUAAACACUUUUCAUGACAAUUCUUGUUUCAAGAAUCUUAAAUUGUUUAAUUAAUAUUCUAAAUUGGAUUACAUUUGUAAUCUCAUUCGGUUUCACCUGCAAGGUGGUUUCAUCAUUCGUUGCAAUAAACUAAAUCCAUUUGAUUAUAUUUUCCUAUUCCAAUUGUGUUUUGAACAAAAUGUCAAAAACAAAUGAAAUCAUCAACACCAAUUUUCCUUUAAUUGAUCAAAAUGUUUAUAAUUAUAUCGUCGGUGUCCUGAAAGAGGGUAAAAGUGAAUUCCAGGAUCGGGAAGACAUAUUUGAAUGUCUUGGUGAAGUUUUUCUCGAUGUUACAAAUGGAACCAGAAAUGAGGAUGAGAUUAAGGAUGUUUGUCAUCAAUUACUUGAGUCUCUUAAAAUAGGUGAAGAUAAAUCAAAACGGUCGACUAAUGGCUCGGAUUCUGAUGGUCAUCGGAUUCUCUCAAAACCAAUUCUUUUAGGUGAGAUGGUCUCUAACAUGACGGGCUCUCUUGAUGAAUAUAAGAGUAUUUGGUGUCCACAAAGAGAGUUGUCAUCUCAGGUCAAUCAGAAGAAAUUGGAUAAGGCCGAGGCCAAAUUGAAAAGUAAACAAGAGAAACGAGAUGCUUCCGAAGGAACCACCACAACCACCGGCGGAUUUCAAGUCAACAAAGAGGCUUCGGCUAAUCAAAUGAUUAACCGAAGAGAUAUUAAAAUGGAUGAGACUGGUCGAUGUAAAGAUAUUAGAAUAGAAAAUUUUGACAUUUCCUUUGGUAAUAAGCAACUUCUUGCCGGAGCUGAUUUGAUUCUCAGUUAUGGUCGUCGUUAUGGUUUAGUUGGUCGCAAUGGAAUUGGUAAAUCUACUUUACUCAAGAUGAUUUCCAAUGGUUCAUUGAUUAUUCCAAAGCACAUUAGCUUUUUACACGUUGAACAAGAGGUUAUUGGCAAUGAUACAAUCGCUCUUGAUGCUGUUCUUGAAUGUGAUUUAGCUCGAAACAAACUACUGGCUGAAGAGAAACGUUUACUCGCCCUUAAAGAUGGAAGCGGUGAAGAUGUCAACGCUAAAUUGGAAAAGGUUUAUGCCGAUUUGAAUGCAAGUGAAGCCGAAAAGGCACCAGCUCGAGCUGCGUCCAUUUUAGCGGGUCUUGGAUUCACCGAUGAGAUGCAAAAAAAGGCAACUAAGGAGUUUUCUGGAGGUUGGAGAAUGAGAAUCGCUUUGGCUCGAGCUUUGUUCAGUAAACCUGAUCUACUUUUACUCGAUGAACCUACUAACAUGUUGGACAUGAAGGCGAUCAUUUGGCUCGAAAAUUAUCUCAUCAAAAGUUGGACUUCGACGCUUUUGGUUGUCUCUCACGAUCGACAAUUUCUUAACAGUGUUCCAACCAAUAUACUUUAUUUUCAUAAUCAACGAAUUGAUCCUUAUGCUGGAAAUUAUGACAACUUUGUUAAAGUGAAAAGUGAGAAGCAGAAAAACCAAGAGAGAGAAUAUGAAUCUCAAAUGGAUUUCCGAAAACAUACUCAAGAAUUUAUCGACAAAUUUCGUUACAACGCUAAAAGAGCGAGUUUGGUUCAGAGUAAGAUCAAAAUGCUGGAAAAGUUACCCGUUCUCGCUCCAGUUGCUAAAGAGGAAAAAGUUGUCCUUCGAUUCCCAGAGAAUGAACCUUUAGCUGGUGCACCGAUACUUCAAUUAGACGAGGUCAGUUUUGGUUGGGGAACCGAACCAAAUGUACUCGAAAAGAUAUCACUUAACGCUAAUCUACAAUCACGAAUUUGUAUUGUGGGAGACAAUGGUUCGGGUAAAACAACAUUACUCAAAUUAUUAAUUGGUGACAUUUCACCGAGAUCGGGUGAGCGAAAAGCUCAUAGAAAUUUGAAAAUAGGUUAUUUUAGUCAACAUCAUGUCGAUCAAUUAACUAUGGGUCAAUCAUCAAUUGCGUUUCUGGCCAACAAAUAUCCUGGUAAACCUGUUGAACAAUAUCGUAGCUAUUUAGGUAAAUUUGGAGUAUCCGGUGAUCUUGGACUUCAACCGAUUGAAAGUUUGUCGGGAGGACAAAAGUCUCGAGUAGCUUUCGCAGUGAUGGCUUUGGCUAAUCCUCAGAUCGUGAUUCUUGAUGAGCCUACGAAUCAUUUGGAUGUUGAAACGGUUGAAGCUCUUGGAGAUGCAAUAAACAAAUACAAUGGCGGCGUAAUAUUGGUCUCUCACGACGAAACUCUUAUACAAAUGGUUUAAGAGUUGUGGUUAGUUAAAAAUAAAAAAGUCGCCGUACUUGAGGGUGGAUUCGAAGAGUACCGACAAUUGAUCGAAAAAGAAUUGGAAGAAGUUAAAUAAUGAUACGUUUAUAUUUCGAUAUAUUUAUUAUUAUGAUGAAACAAUCAAUUUAUCCGGUUAAUUAAAGCGAUUUAAAUUUCGA